CUGUGAGAUCCUUACCUGAUUCAGCCGGGAACGGGACAAUAACAGUCCGAAUAUGACUGAUUUCAAUUGCCAGUCUAAUUCUCUUGUAUCUGCACUAACUGCGUUUGCUUUUCUUGUAUCUUCAACAUGUCUUUUUUACAGACCGGUGAUUAUAACAAGAAUGGGGCAUUUCACGUCGUCAGCGCCUGGGUUGUCAGGCUCAGCAUGUACUCAGCUUGUCCAGGAUGUUGUGUCCAGUAACUGUGUUGUGAUAUUCUCCAAAAUCACAUGCCCAUCCUGUAAGAUGGCGAAGAAUGUCUUUAAUGAGAUCGGAGCUGCACAUAAAGUUGUUGAACUGGAUGAUAGUAGACGUCUCCAUGAGACCUUAGCGCAAAUGACAGGUGCCAGAACAGUGCCAAGAGUCUUUAUUAAUGGGCAGUGCAUUGGAGGAGGCACAGAUACAAAACAGCUCCACCAGCAAGGGAAACUUCUGCCUCUUAUUGAACAGUAUAGGCCGUGCUGUUUGAGUACCAGCCUUGAGGGCUCAGGCAGUGCUCAAUAAUCAGUCAUAAUGUUUUGUAAUAUGUGUUUAUACACAUUGGUCACCCUUGAACAGCCCAAACAGAGAUUAAGUAUUUGUAUUUUAAUAUGUAUGCUGCUGUCGAGAAAAAAAUAACUGCCUGAUUUAUUGACUUUGUUAUAUGUAUUGUUAUUUUGGUGCACUGUAUGUAAAAUAUAAUACCAGAUAGUAUUACACCAAGCAUUUUAGAUGAUUUUUUUGACCUGAGUUACAACACCUCGAUAUUCCUUUAUG